AUGUCACUUGAGUCGUCCGGUGUCAUUUCACUUCCGCUUGAGCUGCUGAAUGAGGACUAUGGAACUGUGAGAUCUGAUAUUGUUCCUACAGUUGCUCAGGCCGCAGUCGCUGGCUUUUAUGUUGACUUCAAGAUUGUCUAUGAAAUUCAUGGCAGCUUUGACCCAGGAGACGACAACAAUGCGAGCUUGUUAGGUGUCAGGAUCUUUCCAUUUCCAAAGGACUCUACGAAGCAAUUCAAGGAAUUCGAGGUCAAAUUAUCGGUCCUAGCAGACAAGGACAGCCCGAAUGAUAUUCCUGUGCUCAAAUCAUUUGAACCUGCCUCUGAAGGCGCGCAAUUUGUCGACGCUUUCACAACUAAUGAAUCUCUGGAGCAUUCGAAUGAGAUCAGCGGCGAGUUGAAACCAUGGGAUGUUGCGUCUUUGGGUGCGAAGACAUCAAGUGUGAGAAAGUCUGAAUUCACCAAGACGCACCGCCUGAGUGUCAGAGCGUCGUCACAGCGAAGCUCUACGACUCUUUCGCGCUCCAUCCACAAUCAGGCAACCUGGAAAAUAAUCCCCGCUACUAAAGAACAGGGAAUCGGGGAUUGUUUCUCGGUUUCGCUUCUUAUCCAGCGACCCUCUGGCACGAAGUUCCAGCUUCUCGCUGAGGUGAACGGCAAUGUGGGGAGCCGCGCCGAAAACUCGAAAGAAUGGCUCAAAACAAGCAUACAGGGCAAGAGACGGCCCAGCACUCUUGGAACUUUUCCGAGUGAUAAUGUAUCUUCGCGCGGAGAUGCCCCGCCUGGCGUUGAUUCAAAAGACUUGCAUCGCGCCUCAACGGCUGGACUCAUGAGCAAAUUCAAUGACGUUGGACUACACCUUCCAGAACAUGCACCUCCAUUAAAAUUCAACCAGACCGCUGCUUCUGCAACCUAUCUUGAUCUGGGAUCCAAUAACACAACCCUUUCCAACAAGGACCAACCGGAAGAACCCUGCGCUAUGAUAUCCAGCCAGGCUCCCACCACGGACGUCUUGCUACCCAGUAUCCUGUCAGAUGACGGUACUCGCGCAGCGCCUCUGGCCCCAGAAGCCGUUGAUCACUCAGAGCCUGCCACAGUGUCCCAAUCUGGCAUACCGGACAAUGUGCAGCUGACUGGCGUCAACACCGACGACCUACUGGUUGCUCUUCUGCAGCGGCUGCAGCGUAUGCCUGCUCAACUUCCAACAACAAAGUUGGAAGUCAGCCGUAACGAAAAGACUGCAAUGGCACAUGUUAAACGCCACCGAAAAAUGGCCCACUUGUAUGAGCAACUGGCAGAGCUGCACCGUGAAGAAGCUCGGGAACAUCUUCCUUGUGAGGAGAAAGAACAGGGGUUAACACGUCAUAUCACAUUCUUCCAUGUCGAGCUGACUGCAGGUUUCUUCCGCGUCGAGCUGAAUAUAGGUUUCUUCCGUAUCGAGCUGAAUGCAGGUUUCUUCCGUAUCAAGCUGACUGCAGGUUUCUUCCAUGAUGAGCUGAAUACAGGGUUCUUCCGUAUUGAGCUGAAUACAGGUUUCUUCCGUGUCGAGCUGACUGCAGGUUUCUUCCGCGUCGAGCUGAAUACAGGGUUCUUCCGUAUCGAGCUGAAUGCAGGUUUCUUCCGUGUCGAGCUGACUGCAGGUUGGACUUGGCAGCGGUAG